CUUUACACAUUCUUGCAUUAAACUAAGUUUUAUCCUUGUCUUCGUGACUUCGCCGUCGCGAGAUGCCUCUUUUUCAUUAAAUUACCUAAUCGUUAAUAGUAGACAUCCAACAACAACAAAGUUAAUCAAUCAUCGUGUUAGUAAGAUACCCUAAAACAAGUUUAGUGCUGUCUGUUAGUUACUAUGCGAAACAGCUCCGUACUGUCGAUUAUAAAUACAACCACUCAUUGUAGAAAGGAGUUCGCAUUUGUAAGCAGCUCUCGAAUAUAAAAAGUGAAGGCAUUCCCGUAAGACCAAAACGAACGUAUUUGUGUGUAGUAACCACAUCGACGAAGCUAGUACUCUAGUGAAAAGGUAUUCUAAUAACUAUUAAUAAAACCCAAAAUUUAGCAUGGCGACAUCAACUCACAACGGUCUUGUUAUAGUAGCUCCCCGAGCCCCUUACGAAAUCCAUCAAUUUCCCACUAUCCCACCAGUAGACGACGAAAUUCGUGUACAUGUCAAGUGGACGGCUUCCACACCUCUAGACCUUCAUGAGGCUGACGGUGGGCUUCUAAUUGAGACCCCCUUCAGAACUGGAUCAACUUCAGCCGGUGUUGUCGUCGAAGUGGGGCCUAAUGUGAAGCACCUGAAAGUUGGCGAUAGAGUAUUCGGCUUUGCUCACCAGCAGCCGAAGUGGAAGGCCCACCAAGAGUAUGCCACUGCUCCCGAAUGGGUGUUCGGAAAGAUCCCUGAUAACUUCUCGUUUGAGGAAGCUGUUACGCUCCCCGAUAAUUUCGUUACUGCUUUUAAUACCAUUUCCGCUGACCUGGGACUCCCUACCCCGUGGCCGAAGCCUGAUGGCUAUGUACCACCGAAGGUUGACCACCCAAUCCUGAUCUGGAGCGCCGCAUCUUCGGUAGGACGCCUUACCCUUCAGGUCCUGAAGUUCUAUGGCUACCACCACUUGAUCGUGACCGCAUCGCCGCGCCACCACGAGGCCCUGAAGAAACUAGGUGCCGAACAGGCCUUCGACUACAGGAGUCCGACAAUAGUUGACGACCUCCUGAAUGCAUCUCAGAGGGGUGAUGCACCACCAUACCCCCUGAUAGUCGAUUGCAUCGGCUCGCUAGAGGGUACCAUCCCCCCGAUUUCCAAGAUCGCCAAGAGUGGUACGACUGUCGCGAUUAUGCUGCCUGUCAUCCUAAAGCACGCUUCCGAGAAAGAAGCACCCGAGUACUCGAUGGACGCCAGCGUCGGCGCUCAGUGGGCAGAAGGCGUCAACGUCCGCGGGGUGCGAACGCAUUUUUACUGGAAAAACCCGCUAUUCAAAGAGAAGCUGCAAUUAGAAAUCAUGCCUCAUAUGCUCGCCGCGGGACACGUGGUUCCUAACCGCACCCGCAUCGUCGAAGGAAGUACCCUGCUGGAGAGAGCUACUAAGGCGUUGGAACUACUUCGAUCGGGAGGGGUGAGCGGAGAGAAGCUGGUCUGGAGAGUUUCGGAGGAAUAAAGGGAGUGGAUGCAGUUCCUUUCUUGCUUUAGUGCUGAAAGAUUAUCGACGUAAUACCCCAGUUGUUGCACUCAUCCAGCAAGUAUCUAGUUGACAUACCCAAUUGUACUUACUAGUCAUUGAAUAUCCAAUCCCACUAGCGAUGUGAUUACUCUUG